GCUCCAGAUUCACCGCCCCUCUCUUAUCCUCCCUUUCUUUCCUUUUCCCUCCCACCCUCCAUCCUUGAAUCAAGCAUCACUUUGCUUCCAAAUUGGCUUGUCAUUUUCUCUCGGCGCUCGUUCUCUAGCUGUCGGGUCGUGUGGACGAUCUAGCGAUGGACUGGCGCUGAUCUCGCGGAUUGUGCUGUCGCUGGACCCACUCUGCGCAUUUUCCUCUUAUUCCAGAAAAAAAACACUGAUCGGGAUACAACACAGGGCUCUGAUUCCCCGUGUCCACCAUAGAUCCAUUGGGUUUGGGGGACGAAGGAUACUCGAUAUACUGAUCCUCACCGUGGGUCUUCGGGAGGCUUCAAGCCUCAUAAAGGCGCAUCUGGGAACAGAAGCUCAAAACAUCAUCUGCGUGUUUUAUUCACACACGGACACACUGUCACGGGAAUUAAGGAGCAUUCUGAGAUCAUACAGCCCGAUGCUGUUGAGCACAUCCGGAGCUGACUAUUAUUCCAGUGCUUUGUAAGAUGCGGUGUGCGCAUCAAAGAGGAACUCCAUGGCUCUAAGGUGUGCGAGACGCAACUUCAGCGAGUCACUGCAGAGGUCAUCAGGGUCAUCGGUGGUCAUGUGGUCCACACGCCUACUUUUCCUCUUCGCCCUCUUCACACCCGUCACGCUCGUUUUAAGUCGCGCUCCAGUGCCGAUGGCUGUUGUGCGUCGAGAGCUGUCGUGCGAGGGUUAUCCUAUCGAGCUGCGCUGCCCGGGCACCGAUGUCAUUAUGAUCGAGAGCGCCAAUUACGGGCGCACAGAUGACAAGAUCUGUGACUCGGACCCUGCUCAAAUGGAGAACACUCGCUGCUAUCUGCCUGAUGCCUACAAGAUUAUGGGCCUCAGGUGUAACAACCGAACCCAGUGUGCGGUCGUUGCUGGCCCUGAUGUUUUUCCUGACCCGUGUCCUGGAACGUAUAAAUACCUUGAGGUUCAAUACGAGUGUGUGCCAUACAAAGUGGAGCAGAGAGUCUUUCUCUGUCCAGGUGUAUUGAGAGGUGUGUACCAGAGCGAACACCUCUUUGAGUCGGACCAUCAGUCUGGAUCAUGGUGUAAAGACCCCCUACAGUCAUCCAAUAAGAUCUACUAUAUGCCCUGGACACCUUACCGCACAGAUACACUGACUGAGUACUCAUCUAAGGAGGACUUUAUUGCAGGUCGCCCUACCACAACAUACAAACUACCACAUCGAGUAGAUGGCACUGGAUUCGUGGUGUACGAUGGUGCGCUUUUCUUCAACAAGGAACGUACACGCAACAUUGUUAAAUUCGACCUGCGAACUCGUAUCAAAAGCGGUGAGGCAAUUAUCGCUAACGCUAAUUACCACGACACCUCGCCGUAUCGCUGGGGUGGGAAAUCCGACAUCGAUCUGGCAGUGGAUGAAAACGGACUGUGGGUAAUUUACGCCACCGAACAGAACAAUGGACGAAUUGUGGUCAGUCAGCUCAACCCCUACACACUACGAGUGGAGGGGUCAUGGGAUACGACAUACGAUAAGCGAUCGGCCUCCAAUGCUUUCAUGAUCUGCGGAAUCCUCUAUGUAGUGAAGAGCGUUUACGAAGAUGACGAUAAUGAAGCGUUGGGGAAUAAAAUCGACUACAUGUACAACACAGAAAAGAGCCGUGAAACACACCUCAGCAUUCCAUUCCCAAAUUCCUACCAAUACAUCGCAGCUGUGGACUACAACCCCCGAGACAAUUUGCUGUACGUGUGGAACAACUACCACGUUGUCAUAUAUUCUCUCGACUUUGGAAACAAUGACAACAGAUUGGGCUUUGAUCCUCCUUCUUCAGUCUUGCUUCCUGAUGCACUUCCUCCAGCGCGCAGCUCCACGACUCCUCCACGCCCAUAUACGGGCACGCUCCGUCCCUCUCUCACUACUACCACGACAACCACCAUGGCUCCACCUCGCCGCCAUAACAACAUCCUCCCAGAAGCCCUGACACGGUCGCCUCCCUCCCUGCAGACGCCAGUCGCUGUUGACUAUUGUGCCCCACGUCUCACUGCUGAAAUCUCCUGGCCACGGACACACCAGGGACAGGUUGCUAAGCAACCAUGCCCACCUGGCACCAUAGGUGUAGCCACAUUUAAUUGUUUGCUUGGCUACUGGGAUCCGAAGGGACCGGAUUUGAGCAACUGCACCUCACCAUGGACCAAUCACAUCACUCAAAGAAUGAGAUCAGGGGAAACUGCUGCUAUAGUAGCACGGGAAUUGGCUGAACAGACGAAGGGAGAGUUGAGACCCGGAGAUGUUCCAUCCACAGUCAAAGCCAUGGCACAACUGGUGGAACUACUGGAUGUACAGCUGCGAAAUCUCACCCCAGGGGGGAAAGACACAGCGGCACGUAGCUUAAACAAGCUCCAGAAGAGAGAGCGAUCGUGCCGUUUCUUCAUACAGGCCAUGGUAGAGACGGUGAAUAACCUUCUGCAGGUGCGAUCCCAGGCGGCGUGGAGGGAGCUGUCCGUGGCCGAGCAGCUGCGAUGCGCGACCAUGCUUCUGGACACGGUGGAGACGGGUGCCUUCAUGCUCGCAGACAACCUCCUCAAAACGGACACCAUACAGGAGAGCACCGACAACAUUCAACUGGAGGUGGCACGUCUAAGUACAGAUGUUAAUCUGGCUGAUCUAAUCUUCCCUCAAUCUGGACUAACCGGCAACUCCAUUCAUCUCUCAGCCAACACACUCAAGCAGCAAGGACGCAACGGUGAGAUCCGUAUGGCGCUGGUUCUCUAUAAGAACCUCGGCCAGUACUUGUCUACGGAGAACGCUAGUGUGCGGCUGGGCAGUGAAGCGGCCUAUCCAAACUAUUCGCUUAUAGUCAACUCACCUGUUAUUACAGCAGCUAUUAAUAAAGACAGUAACAAGGUCUACCUGUCUGAACCUGUGGUCUUCACUGUCAAACACAUAAAGCAGUCGGACGAGAACUUCAAUCCAAACUGCUCUUUUUGGAGUUAUUCCAAACGCACCAUGACUGGAUACUGGUCCACUCAGGACUGCAGACUACUGGGCACCAAUCGCACUCACACCUCCUGUUCCUGCACACACCUCACAAACUUUGCAGUGCUAAUGGCCCACGUGGAGGUCAAGAAAACAGACCAGGUGCAUGAGCUGCUGUUGGACGUCAUAACGUGGGUGGGGAUCCUGCUGUCUCUGGUCUGUCUGCUCAUCUGCAUCUUCACCUUCUGUUUCUUCCGUGGUCUCCAAAGCGACAGGAACACCAUCCACAAGAACCUCUGCAUCUCCCUCUUUAUCGCCGAAACACUCUUCCUCACUGGGAUCAACCGUGCAGACCAGCCCAUCGUCUGUGCGGUGUUUGCGGCCCUGCUGCAUUUCUUCUUCUUGGCUGCGUUUACAUGGAUGUUUCUGGAAGGCGUACAGCUGUACAUCAUGCUGGUGGAAGUGUUCGAGAGCGAGUAUUCGCGCACCAAAUACUUCUAUCUCACUGGAUACGGAGUGCCUGCUGUUAUAGUGGCCGUUUCUGCCGCCGUGGACUAUCGCAGCUAUGGAACUGAAAGAGUGUGCUGGCUCAGGUUAGAUACUUACUUUAUCUGGAGUUUCAUUGGGCCUGCAACUCUCAUCAUCAUGCUAAAUGUAAUUUUCCUGGGCAUUGCACUUUAUAAGAUGUUUCACCAUACAGCGAUUCUCAAGCCUGACUCCGGUUGCCUGGACAACAUCAAGUCCUGGGUUAUAGGUGCCAUAGCUCUGCUGUGUCUGCUGGGGUUGACCUGGGCGUUUGGACUGAUGUAUAUCAAUGAGAGUACAGUCAUCAUGGCCUACCUCUUCACCAUCUUUAACUCGCUGCAGGGAAUGUUCAUCUUCAUAUUUCACUGCAUCCUACAGAAGAAGGUACGUAAGGAAUAUGGCCGUUGUCUCCGCACACACUGCUGCAGUGGGAAGAGUGUGGAAUCAACCAUCUCCACUUCAACAAAGACCAGUACGGCCCGCACACCUGGACGCUAUUCCACUAACUCACAGAGUCGUAUCCGUAGGAUGUGGAAUGACACUGUCAGAAAGCAGUCGGAGUCAUCUUUCAUCACCGCUGAUAUGAACAGCUCAGCGACUCUCAACAGAGGUACCAUGGCUAACCAUCUCAUCUCCAAUGCUUUGUUACGUCCUCAUGGCACUAAUCCUUAUAACACACUACUGGGAGAGUCUGCUGUGUACAAUAACCCUACUGCCAACAUGUUCAACACACAAGCCUCCUACAGAGAUUCAAAGGGCAUUCUAAACAACGCACGAGACUCCAGUGUCAUGGAUACGUUGCCGCUUAACGGUAACCACGGCAACAGCUACGGUGUGGCAGCAGGCGAUUACCUUACCUACAGUUCUCGUGGCAGCGAGCCGCCGACCACGCUUGAGAAAAAGAUCUUGAAAGAGCUGACGGCAAACUACGCCCCAUCGUACCUGAACACCCAGGAGCGACAAGGGAAAGCCCACCAGGGGACCUUGACCAAUAAACUCAACAACCACCUGGCCAACGGAGGGGUCGCGGGGUCAUCGUCCAUCGCGAAGGAUGACGUCAUGGUGCUCGAUAACCCCGGAGCGUUUCAUCGGCAUGACGACGGGGGCGGGAUGAGCCUGGAGCUCAUUAGGGAGGAGUCACAAGCACCGCUCCUCCCACCGAGACCGCCCCCUCCGGAAAACCACGCCCCCAUGCACACAUUCUCAGCCCACCGGCGCCUGCCUCAGGAGAACAGCGAGAGCUUCUUCCCGCUGCUCCCCAACGACACGCACUCUUCGCACACACACACUCCCCGCACGCACACGCACUCGCCCCUCAGAGACUCGAUCUAUACCAGCAUGCCCACGCUCACUGACCUCCCCCAUGGCACUGAUGACCUCAUCAACGGUCUCCAUGACGACGAAGACGAUGAGGAUGACGACGGCGAGGAGGAAGAAGGCAGCGAGCUGCACCUGGCCAACGGCAAAGGGGUCGUCAUGGAGACGGACGACGUGUACUACAAAAGCAUGCCGAACCUAGGCUCCAGGAACCACAUACAGGAACUGGAGAGCUACUAUCAGAUGGGACGCGGUGGCAGUGACGGGUUCAUCGCCCCACCUGAGAAAGAAGACUCGUCACCUGAAGAACAGCCACCAGACCCCUCACAGCUGGUCACCAGCCUAUAGACACCGGUGCACACACACAUUCUCAGUUAGCGUGUGUGUGUGUGUGUGUGUGAGACACAAUGCACAAGGCAUGGGAUACACUACCUACUGCACUGAUAGGAAGCCCCUAGAGAGACUGAUCCCAGAUAGCCCCCCCGAUUCCAGUACAUACAAGUAUCCUGUCACCAAAAUCCUGCUCCAGUUAGAACCAGUAAUCAGAACUAGUAACCCAUUCCUACGCUAGAACAAGGACUACCGCGUGUAGGUAGGUCUCGUGGACUUUUUUUCUUGUCAAUCUCCUUGGAAACCGAUCUGCUGAGUAAAACUCGUGGACAAACUUUUGCUCCCUGGAUCAUUUGCAUAGCUCUCCUUGACGAAAACCUUCAUCCAAUGGCUGUCUGAUUCUCCUCGAAACUCACCACGGAUGGUGGAGAGCGUGUAAACAGACUGUGGAAAACUAGCUGCCAUUUUAGAUGACCGUGUAUGAUAAUGAGACCACCGACCUAGACUCUGAACUCUUCUGUCGUACUGAACUGCAUUACACCCACAAGUCUCUAGACUUCUCUAUGAUUCUCUGCUGCACACAUUCCUUCUCGUUUAGCACCGAUCUCGUUUCUUGAGCGUGAAAUCACAAAAGGCGCAUCUAAUCUUAAAGACUGAGGACGCAUCUUGUUUUCUUAUGUUUAUUUUUCAGUAAUAAUCUCAGUUAUGGGAAAGGUAAUCCUCACUAAUUACAAAGAAAUGGAACAGUUUUCCAUGUAAAAUGUACAGAUUCCCGAUAUUGCAUAUGAUCGUAUGCGUUUCAUGUUUUUUGAGAUAUUUUGGCCCUUGUAUGUGUUUUUGUAGACUAGACCAAUCCCACAAUGCUGUGCUGGUCCUCCAAAAUACUACCCCUUAUUACCGCACAGCACACACACACACAUGCACACAUAUCUACAUAUACACGCAUACACACUCUCGUUUGGAGGGAUGACCAUGGCUUCCUCCUUUUUUUUUCCAAAUGCAACACUUUGUCAUUCUAAAUCUCACUGUGUCGAUGAUAUCCAAGAGACUCUGGGGAACUGACUGUUGUGUGAAUGACAGCUACUGCAGAUGGGAUCCCAAUGAUGCUGGAAUGUCGUUAUGUCAUGAGUUCUAGAGCAUUUACCCUUGAACAUGCCAUCUUUUAUGUGUGAGAGCAGAAAUCGUCCAUUGGAAGCAGGUUGAAGAAUUCCAGCUUAUUGAUAUUCCUGUCAUACGUGUUGACACAGCUAAAAUUGUUCUCAGGCGAAAAGAUGUUCUAUUAUUGUGAUGGUUUUACAUAUCAAGUCUGUUUUUAACAGUUUAAUUAAGAACCGUAAGAAAGGCUCGCGGGGCGCGAAUUGGAAAGGGUCCGAGCCGAGGCAAGAUCACCAAUGAAAGUGUGGACUGGGGAAAUCAUGAUUAAAAAUCAUGUGUGUACACAUAAAAUAACCAUGUAAAGGAACAGACUAGGAUUUUAAUGGAGUGGUUUGGAAGAUGGAAACAACCUUGUAAAGGUCGGUUUCUGAAACUACUGUUUACUUGUUCUCAAACUGAGACUCCCUGUAGCUUGCACAUCUAUCCCUUGUUAACCCACCCUCAGAACUGACUGCAUAUUUAUUCCUGUGAUUCAGUCUUGUUUUUUAUUUUUUAUUUUCCAACAGAUCAGAAAUGUAGGAUCUUAGAGAGCGUCUGGAAAAGAAUCGGAUCGGCACUGAGACCUUUUUUUAUUGUUAUUAUCAUCAAUAUUAUUAUUAUUACAAUAUCAAUGAAAUUAUUAUUUAUUCUUUUCAUAUGCAUUCUAAACUGAAUGAACUCAUAACUAAUAUUUGUUGUAACAGUGAAAGUUGUUUGCCAACAAAUAAAAUGACUGAAUUAAUAUUUACAAUA